GGAAGACGUUGAGAUCCUAUUUCCAGUAACUUCUCGCAUUCCAUCGGUGCGUGAUUGGAGCAUUGAUGGGAUAAUGGCUUACGUAAAAUCAAAAGAGAAGGAUGACCCUAUUUUAAAAUUGAAUCCAUCUAAUAUGAAUUUAGAAGGAAACAAAGCAUACAAGAGAAAAGACUAUAUUACUGCAGCAAGGCUCUACACCAUGGCAGAAGGUGACUACCCAGAGAAUGUAACAUUGAUUGCAAAUAGAAGCGUUUGCUGGCUUAACAUGGGUGAAGGAGACAAAGCUUUGCGGGAUGCUCAAAUUUGCAGGGCACUGCGUCGUGACUGGCCGAAGGCCUGCUUCCGGGAAGGAGCUGCUCGAAUGCUGUUAAAGGACUAUGAAAAGGCAUGUGAUGCAUUCCUUGAUGGCCUCAAAUUAGACCCAUUGAACACUGAGAUUGAGAACGCCUUGAGGGAGGCUUUACAUUCCCUGGAGGUAUCACAUGCUGUCAAGAAGGGCCACUGAAGUGUCAUCUGCCCCAAGAAAGGAAAACUUCUAUGAUGUUAAAAGAAAUUAACUGAUCUCGACAAGCAGAUUAUGUGAUUCGAUCACUCUGCAGUGCGCUGUGGCCUCCAAUGUAAGAAUAUAAAAGUUGAGCGCUUAAAUUCAGUAUUGCACCAAGAGCGUUGUCCACGGCUUCACGUCAUCUCAUGUCAGAUGAGGCCGAGCAGUUUGGGCAAGCUUGGGAGUUCCCUGCAUAACGAAACAACAAUUACUGAAACCUAUUGUCUUCACAGAGGGAGUAUUUGUUUAGGCCUCCGAAAGUACCUACAAGAACUCAGCACGAAACCCACUGACCCAUUUAAUCUCGUCCACAGAGGUUGGUAGAUGUGGUGUCAUGAAAAAAGCAAGACCUGACCAACUGGUCGCUGCAUCUGUUUGUCUCUGUUUAGAAAAAAACAUUCAAGCCAGUCUCUUGUAAGGGCAUGUACAAUGGUUCUAUCUUAAGAGUGUCAGGUAGGAUAAAUGAUGAGGUGAAGGAGAGAGAAAUGAUAAGAAAAGACUUGUUUUAUCUUA